UGAUCCGGUAUAUAAAGGAGUCUUAGUUAACACGAGUGCGUAAUUGAGUGUGUUUUGCGUAGAGUAAAGAGUGAAAUAAAAUAAAUAUAUAUUUUUUUAGCAAGAUGAAAGCCAUAGUUUCCAUUACGCUUUUGGUGUGUCUGUUGGGUGUAUUUUAUGCCCAAGCACAGGAAAUCCGAUGCCCAAAUAGAGGGCCAAGAGAUGGAGAGGAAGCUAUUCUCAUCCCUCAUCCUACUAAUUGCAGACAUUAUUUCGUCUGUGAUUAUGGCCGAGCGAUCGUAAUGAAAUGUCCUGAUGACUUACAUUUCAAUCCUAUCGAUAAAGUCUGCGAUUACCCAUGGCAAGCCGGAUGCACAGCUCAUUAAUCAGUUUAUAAUGACAUAAUGACGUACAUAAUCACAUAUCAGUAUAUGAAUCACUAUUGUAUUGUAUUACUAAACGGCUUUGUAUACAUUUUCUAAUGAAUAAAUUAUCUAUAACUUAAAGUUA